CAUGCGCGACGCCGCUGCGGCCGAGGGUGUUUGAUUACCGCGGGCAGCCAGCCGGGCCCGGGCCGGGAGAUGUCGGUGGGGCAGGGGAGGUCGGAGCCGGCGGACGGUAACGAGUCGGAUGUCUUUGAAAUUGUUCUCCCCAUCACUGUGCUUGUACUGAGCGAUGAUGACUUUCUCCAAGACGAUGCCGAGGAGCAAGUGGUAUCGUUUCCCGAGUUGAAUGAGGAUGAGCAAGAGGUUAACUUAAACAGUAGCGUUUUCCUGAAAAGCAAUGCGACGCCUUCAAAUGACAGUAACAGUUUAAGCAUUUGGGAAGAAAACAAAACGGCUUCAAAUAAGGAUAGUCGUACUGAAUACUCUGAAGAAAAAUGGGUUGCCGAGAGUGUGUGUAAUGGAUUAACGUCACCUUUAAGUGAUUGGUGUGAUGCAGGCAAGGAUAAAUAUAGUCAAAAUUAUGUGUUGCCUACAUCGUCUUGCAGAACAGAGUUUACUGAGAUAACUGAAACCAGUGAUGGAAAAGAAGGUGAUGGUGAUGACGGCUUUCAGAAGAUUCCGCCUCUCCUUUCUUCUGCUGGCAACGAGGGUAGAGAUGAGACCAUCAAGACAAGCAGACAGUUGACCGUGGCAGCGAUAUCCAGACAUGAAGAGGAACUUGUUAGUGUUGCAAGUGUUCUUUCUGGCGGUGGUCGAGAGGAACAACCAGAGAUCCACAAGGAGAUGGAGACAAUUGUUGAAAUGGAAGAUCCUGAUUCUUCAGAGAAUGGAGACAAUGAAGCUAAUAACAGAAAGAGAAGCAAAUUUGAAGAUGAAAUUCUGACUUCUCUUUUGGAACAUGGCUUGAAAGAAGAACAAAAACUUACUUAUAAGUGUUCUGCUCCAUUUCUUAAUACAUGUUCUUUGACUUCAAAAGAACUGCUAAAAGAUGUAGGGAAACCAGAGAUGAACGCUUCCACUUCUGCUGAAUCAAAUACUACUGGAGAGCAUAUUUAUAAGACAUUAACACCAUUUCCUAGAAAAAGGUAUCGGCAACAAAAUGUUGUUUCUCCUCAUGAAGACCCAAAGGAAUUCCAAAGCCAGCAGAAGGGUUUAGCAUGGCUAAGUAAUAGUGUGACCAUCAAACCUUUUUCUAAAGCAUCUUGUUCUAUAAAUAAGCAUGAAAGAUUGAAGUGCAGGUUUUGUAGUUCUGUAUAUAAAUGCAGUGCGCAUCUAAAGAAGCAUGUUUAUUCAGCUCAUAAAGAUAAGAAAAUACAUAAAUGCUGCUUUUGUAAAAGAACCUUCUUCUUUUCUGCCAACCUUAAGAAUCACCUUAAAUUUCAUAAGAAAAUGACUAGAUUGCAAAAGGCAAGAAGAAAUAGAAUAAAUGCAAGAAAAGUUAGGCAGAGAUCUAAAGAAAGAAAAUCUGACACCAAGAAAAAAGAAAGUAAAUACGAGAAAUUUUUCAUCAAAAUUGAAAGGGACUUUACACCUCUGGGUGUUCCAGUUACUUUUUCCUGCAAACUUUGUUUGUUUGCUUCAUCAAAUCCUAGAGUUUUUAUUAAUCACAUGAAGGGACAUAAAGAGAGACCACCUUACCAGUGUCCUCAAUGUGAUUACUCCUGCAUUAGCUUAUCCUAUCUGUUAAAUCACAUGUACUGGCAUGCUGGGUAUAAGCUGUACCAGUGCAGGUUUUGCACCUUUUUGUCGUUAUAUUUUGCAAGCAUGGUAAGGCAUAGCUACAUACACACAGGGGCUAAACCAUAUUCCUGUGAGUUUUGCCAGUCAGCAUUCACAAGCACCACUGCGUUAAAGAGACACAGAAGAUUACAUGCAGGCAAAGAAACAUGCCAAGGGCAGCAACUCGACGCCAUAAGUGAAAGAAAGAGAACUCAAAGACCUUUAAAGAGUUAUACAUGUGAUGAAUGUAACGUAGUGUUUUACACUAGAGGACAUCUAAGCUUUCAUAAGAAAUUCCAUGAAAAGUUUAAGGCUACUGCUAAUGGUUAUACGAAUCAGAGCAAUGAACAUCAUAAAAGCAAAAUAUGCAAAGUUGCCAGUGAUUCCCAGGAUCGUUUGUCUCUUUCUGGUAAAGAAAAUGAUUGUCUCAGUGGGGGAAUGCUGGCUUCAGAAGUAGACUUUGAGCAGGCAGGUGAUGUGCAGGGCAAUAAGAAAAUGUGCUCUGGGAAGAAAUUCCCUGAAAACAGCCAUGGAAGUGACAAUUUACAUAUUACUGGGAAUAGAUCAGAAGUUCCUCUGAAUUCAUACAAAAUGGACACUGUCAUUUGCAAAGAGGAGCCUCUCUUCAACUCCAAGGCCUCUCAUUCACAAGAUCAAGAUGAUGAUGCAUAUAAUAAAUUUGUGGAAAACUUAAAGGAUACGUGGCCUUCCAGUUUGUCUACAUUCAAAACGUACAAGUGCCAACACUGCAGUUAUACUACUGCUGUUCAUAGUGACUUUAAGCUGCACCUAAAAAUGCAUAGAGAUGAAAGGCUAUAUGUAUGUAAAGAAUGCAAUAAGACAUUUAAAACAUCAAACCAUUUGCAGAAACACAGCCUUAUUCAUAUAAAGAAUGGAUACGAGUUUGGCCAUUGCCUCUAUGCAGAUAGCCAUUUAGAGAAUCUUGAAUUGCAUCAUGAAAUCCGUGUAGGCCUGUGUCCAGAAAGAGAUUUUGGUUCCUCAGAAGGUUCAACCAGUGUCCAUUCCUUGCUUGGUUCAGAAGUCUGUGGAGUACAGCCAGAUGUCCAGUGGGGCAAAGAAAAUGAUUUGCUAGCACAAAGUCAGCCACGGUUCUAUCAGUGUGCAGAGUGUGAGUACACUACUUACAUUUUAAGCAACCUUGAACUACAUGUCAGAACUCACACAGGUGAGAAACCUUACAGCUGCAGUGUUUGUCAGAAGAAGUUUCGUACUUCCAGUCACCUGAAAAGACACAGGGUCACCCAUUUUAAUAUGGAGCAUCUCAAGUGCAGGAACUGUGACUAUUCAACAAACAAAUGGCUGUCCUUGAAACAGCAUCUGGCUUCACACUCUUGUGAGGAAAGCUCAUCUACUGGCUGUCUCUACGAUCAAAAGCAGCUACCUGUCAAAACGUACACGUGUGAAGAGUGUGGCUAUUCCACAGCCCACAAUGGUAACUUGAAGCCACACUUGAGAAUUCAUACAGGGGAGAAGCCAUUCAAGUGCAGUCAGUGCGCUGUUGCUUUCCGCACAUCUAGCCACCUGAAACGCCACUUACUGACUCAUUUAAAGUUGCACUGCAGAAGGUGUAAAUUUUCUACGGUAGAUAAACGUGCUUUCCAAAAGCAUAUAAAAACACAUAAAAAAAAGUACAAGUGUGUAAACUGUAAUGUGAUGCUGCCUACCAAAAAACUUUUGGAAAAGCAUAAGCAGCAACAUAAGCUUGGAAUGUAAGUUUGGGAAUUGCAAGUUGGCACUCGCUUCUGGAGAGGUUUGCAUGUCCUGAAUUUGUUAAUUGCUUUACAUUCCCCUGCUGUCCCUAGAAUGAUGGCUGGUGAUCAACGCAUCCAGUGUUUUGGUCUGGAGAGUGAAACUCGGGGUACUGGUUUACUCCAGAUUCUUCUCAGAGCUUUACUUACAAUUUGGCCGAAGUUACCAGUUUAAAUGGUUACUCUCUGCCACUUAUUUUCUUGUAAAAAAUCAGUUAAAAAACCCUCGUCUGACUGAAAGAAUGUUUAAAGGGAGGGAAGGAAAUGCACAUGAUAAUGUAUAGUAAUAACUUCUCAUUUAAAAAUUUUCAGUGUGUUUGGAAGCGUAAUGCUACCUCCUAUCUGCUGAUGGUUGCAUUCCCUACUCCCAGGUUCUCCUGCAAUACUUGAAACAGAAAAAAAAAAUAGUAUCUCACAAAAUUACAGAAACAAAAGAUUUUUGUCAUCACUGGAUAUGAAAAUGAAUUGAUAUGAAUUGGGAUAUGAAAAUGUUUUCUAUAUGUGUGUAUAUAUAAAAGGUUUAUUAGGCAGUUAUUUUGUCUGUACUUUUGAUAAUUCUUUGAGUAGUCUGACAGAAAUGGUAAUAUUGUCCUUAAUCAGGUAUUUUAUGAUACUGAGAAUCCUUAAACUGAUCUUCAAUUUUAUGUAAAUGUCUAAUGUUAAUCUAGUAUGAAAUGCCUCAUCUUUUCUCAGGCUGGUAGUUUCUGUGGUCUUUGUUUCUUAAAAUAGACAACAUCAUACUUUUCAGAGAACUUCAAUUUAACAACUUGCUGAUAUACUGCAAAUACUACUUAGUUACAUUGAAAACCUUGGCAGUAUCUUGAACUGUAAAAUUUAUUUUUUUAGAGGUUUACUGUGCAUCUAAAAUAGCAUGUAUAAGGACCACUCGUGCCAACCAGCAGUUGUUAACCUGGUAUGGUGAGGGCGGAUGGGUGCUUCUUCCACUUUUUAUUCAAAUCUAGAUAAAUCUUUGCUUGUUUUACGGAGGUAUAUGGUGCUAGAAACUCUUGUGUGGACACCACUGACUAUAAUAUGCUCAGUGGUAUUGAUAACAGCGGUGUUACCCUCUUGUGUGAGGAAAAACAACGGUAAAGGGCUGGUGCUAACUGUCCCGUAAUGUUACAGUUCAGUCCAUGAAACAGCUGAGUAAACCUAUAGCUUAAUUUAGAGAAUGUAAACAUGCAACUACCACUGCUUUUUUACUGCUCUCAAAUGUAUGCUUUUUUUUAUACAUACAGAUAAUAUCUUGCAGAGGCUUUCUGGUAACGUAGGAGCCAGUUUGGAAAUGGUUUCCCAGAGAGGUGGUGGCGUCUCCCUCUUUGGAGAUUGUCAAAAGCCGUCUGGACGUGGUCCUGGGCAGCCGGCUCUGGGUGGCUCUGCUUGAGCAGGGCUUUGGACCGGGUGACCUCCAGAGGUCCCACAGCCAUUCUGUGAUUCGGAAUGCAAUUUUCCAAGAGUGGAUUGAACUCAAGAAUGAAUGCAUGUAUUUAAGGCCAGAUCAGCAAAGGUAUUUAAGUGAUCUAGUUCUUUCUAGCUGCAGUAAAAUCAGACAAGUAAGUGUCUGUGACUGAACCCUGGUAGUUACAGAUGUCUUUACUACAAGCUGGGAAGUUGCUACUUGGGAAUGAGUGAUUCAGAUCUUGGAAUGAUUGAGCUAACUGCCUGAUAGAGUUGUGAGAAAGAGCAACAUUAUCCUGAUAUGAAUAAAGAAAAGCACUUCUGGGAAAUAACAACAGUGUUAUACAAGCAUGGAGGAAUUUUUAUCUGCAUUACUGUACAAUUCUGGUCAUUUGAAGAAAAAUUCAAAAGAACAGGUACAAAGAGGAAACAAAAAUGGUGAAGAGGAUUGUAAGCCUAUAUAUCAGAGACUAGGAAAGCUAAAUCUGAUGGAGAAUGAUUGUUUACAAGUACGGUAUACAAUGAGGAAGAAGGAAGCCCCAUUUAAGGGGGAUAAAUUAAUUGGACAUUUUUAGAAGAGUUUGUAAACAGCAUAAGUUUAUUUUAGUUGUAAGAAAGAACAACAGAAGACAUUUUUCAGCUGGAGCUUGAUGAGUUUGUAAAAAUAAUUAUUCCAGGUGGUUGCUUCUAAUAAAAAUGGUGUUUGAUAACUCA